AUGGCCAAGUAUGUGACGCUCUGGGCUGCGCUGACAGAUGCCACUCCUGACAAUUCCUGCUUGCACUUCGUGCCAAAGAGCAUCGAUCCAGGCUACUCGGCAGGAGAUCCAGAAGAGGGCGAUCCUUUGUUGAGGAUCUUCCAGGAUAAGGCCGCCUACCAAAAGAUCCGCAGCGUGCCAGUGGCGGCUGGAGGCUGCACCUUCCAUACGCAUCGCACCAUCCACUGGGGCAGUGCUGGCCGGAGCUCCGCCGCAGUUCCGCCGCGUGUGGCCUUGUCCUUCGGAGCCUCGGACGGAGCUUUUGGAAGAAACGGUGGUUGGGAGAGUUUUGAUUCUCAAAGGUUGGUGCUAUCUUGA